GCAAUGCACUCUGUAAUCAGCAAUGAUUUAGUCUGCUAUUAGGGUGUGCGUAUGAGAUGACCACCUCUGCGACUCCAUAUGACGCUUUUGAUGCGCUUAUGGUAGAGAUUGUGGAAUAUGCAUCGUGUUCCACAAAAGGCGUAGUCAAUUCAGCAGAUUUACGCGACCAGCUCGUCGACUCAAUCGGAUUUCAAGUGGGUCAAAAACUGAUUGAGAAACAGACCAGGUUAACUCCACGAUUCGUAUCUGAGCUGGAUGCUGUCAAAUACGUGUGCACUGAAUUUUGGUCUUCCGUUUUUCACAAGCAAGUUGACACAUUAAAGACGAAUUAUCAGGACAUGUAUGUCUUAUUCGUAGAAAACUUUGUGCUUUUCGAACGAUUCUCUUCCGGGUCUCAAUAUCUGACGGAAGCCUUAAAAUACCUAGCUUUUCCAGCAGGUCUGCUGCGUGGUGCUCUGUCAAGUUUGGGAUUAAAAUGCUCUGUGAUUGCCAAUUGCGAAAAGUUGCCAUCAUGUAAAUUUACCAUCAAAAUUCUCCGCUAGGGAUAGUUCAUCUUUUGGCCGCUAACGUUGUUUUAGUGCAAGUUCGCAAUUAUUCCCCGGAACAGUCAUUGACCACAUCUAAUGGAUCGUUUUUAUUCAUGUACGCUAGUACUCUGUGGCACUAACUGGCGAUGGAACUUAUUGAGCGAACAUCGUGUCGCUUAUCUUCACUUUUGUACACUUCUAUGCUACUGAGAAUUAUGGUUAUUUCCCUACACAUUCAGUGAGUGACAGGAUAGAAUGUGAGCGGCGCUUAUAAAUGAAGCAUUUGACAUUGUCGUGCUGCAGUUUUCAAAGAUGGAGCUCGCAUACCUUUGUGAA